AUGAUGAUGAACUCCACACAGGUUUUAUAUUUCAUUCUUAUAGCUUACUUUGACACCGGUCCUUUGAAAUAUUUGUACUUUAUGAUUGUCCUGUUUUUUUACACCCUCAUUAUUAGUUUCAAUGUAUUUCUCAUCGUGGUGAUCUGUAUGAACAGAAGUCUUCAUGAACCCAUGUACAUCUUCCUGUGCAGCCUGUUUGUAAAUGAGCUGUUUGGUAGCACAGGUUUGUUUCCUUUCCUCCUGGUUCAAAUUCUCUCAGACGUUCACACUGUGUCUGCCUCGGUUUGUUACCUGCAGAUCUUCUGUGUCUACUCGUAUGGAAAAGUUGAAUUUUUUAAUUUAGCCAUCAUAUCUUAUGACAGAUACCUUGCUAUUUGUUAUCCCCUACACUAUAACAGGCAUAUGACUUUCAUCAGAGUAAUCAUAGUUAUUGCUCUGAUUUGGUUUCUCUCGUUUGUACUGAAUAUUUACGCAUUAGUGGCAUUAAUUUCUUUACGACUGUGUGGAAACAUCUUAAACAAAGUGCACUGUCCCAGCUUCUCUAUUGUCAAACUGGCCUGCUCUGACACACGGCACCAUGACCUUUACGGCCUUGUUGUCAGUUCCUUCUCUGUCUAUGUUCCUUUGCUUAUCAUCCUGUACACGUACAUGAAGAUCCUUCAUGUGUGUUUCUCUGGAUCCAAACAGACCCGACAUAAAGCUGUCAGCACCUGCACACCUCACCUCGCCUCUCUGCUCAACUUCUCCUUUGGUGUUUGUUUUGAAAUAUUACAGAGCAGGUAUAAUAUGAACAAUGUACCGAAUAUACUGAGAAUAUUAUUAUCUCUAUACUUUCUUACAUGCCCGCCACUUUUCAACCCCAUCAUGUAUGGACUGAAAUUAUCCAAAAUCCGCGUGAUAUGUAAAAGUAUGAUCUAG